UUUUGGGCUUCACCGUAAUUAAUUACAGCAGGCACUCUUGUUGACUGAAAAAGAUAAAAUCUCCCGGAUCUUACGCAUUUACUGACUGACAAUGGUUUGAAAUUACUGCGCAUACAUUGCAUAACAUGCUUCAUUAAUUAAAUUUUCACAAAGCUUGUUUAAACCCUCAAAUUAAUAGUUUCGUCAUGCCUGACUGUUUACAAUAUACACAUGUGCACGAUAAACGCGUACUGAUAUUUCCUAGGGGUAAAACAUCAUUACAGGAGCAGUGAAAGGUCUUAAUGAUAUAGAGCUAUCUUAGUAAAUGGUUAUUUUUCGGCAGAUGAGGCAAGAGUACAUAGGGAUUCACAUUUCCGUUUUUGCGCGUGUGACACUGUUUACUCGACCUCCACUAAUACUAUGCAUAGUCUGAAGUAUCCAUUUGACAAAGGCGGCUCUUAUCUCUUUCAAAGCGCAAUUCGUGUGAAGUAUAUCAGACGAUCUCUAAUAGGUACUUGAGAAAUUAACUUAACAAAAAAAAGGCAAAAAUGGGAGAAAAAAUUGAAAGCAACGUAAAACAUAGGCAAGGGCUUAGGUUAGGGUUGGUUUGUCACUGGGGCACAUACCGGUGACUUGAGACGAGUUCCCUUUAAAAUCAACAGCGCAAAUAUUGUGCGCGUUUGAAGGAAAAAAUGGUGGAGUAAUAUUCCAUUGAUAUUGAAAGUGAGGUAUUUUAGAAGGAAAAGGAGAGUCCCAGGCAGCUUGCGGAAGUCCGGCCUCUAUGCCUUUUGAAAGGUGGUCAACUAAUAUCUUUUGAUCAAAGUUGAAAUCAGCACAUCACAGAAACGUUCACAGUUUGAUCUUCGAGAAGGGAGAAAGCUGGAAAAAUGGCAAUCCAAUCAAACGACUCAAUACCUUUGACCUCAAGAGAUAUUUUGACUGUGGCCAUCGAAGGAGGUCUGAUGUUGAUUAUCAGUUCUGUUGCCAUAAUGGGAAACUUACUGAUUUGUUUUGUUACGUUUACCAAUCCACGUUUUCACACAGUAUCCAACGUGUUUGUCGUAUCUUUGGCUAUAUGCUACAUUUUUGCAGCAUUUCUCGUCCUGCCUACAACAGCAGGAACCCUCUUAGCGGGAAGAUGGCCGUUUGGUCAAGUCUUGUGCGACAUUCAGGGAUUUACUUUUUCGAAUUUCAUUUGGAUGUCUCUGUUGACGUUGACAAGUAUGGCGGCAAGCCGAUAUUUCAAGGUAACUCAUAUGGUCUUUUACAACAAAGUGUUCAAUCUUGAUCGGUCCAUUGGAAUGAUUAUGAUUUUGUGGGUCCUUACUGCUGCGUUAUUGGUCGCUCAAAUAACCUUUGGUAGGGCCAUUUUUAGAUUUUCUGCCGAGAAAUUAAUCUGUUACAUGUCCUCAAGCAAGGAAAACAACCAGCAUGAAAACAUCACCAACUCAGUAAUAACGAUGGUGCUUUACACAAUACUGCUCAUUGUGUCGGUCAUUGCAUGGCACGCGACCAGAAGACAAGGCUCAUACAGUCACUCCUCUCCUCAACUGGAAAGAACUAACACUAAAACCGAGAUUGAGUUCAAAAUUCUACUAGAAGAGAGAAGAACAAAUCAAGUGUUAUUGGCAAUGAUCGUGGAGGUUCUUUUGCUAUGGUUGGCAGCUAUUAUAAUCAAGCUGUUAGAGUUGUCAACUCAGUCAUCCAGCUUUCCACGUCAAGUUCAUCUCGCCACUACGUUCCUUUGGUGCUUUGUACCUGCCCUUCAUCCUUUUACGUACGGGAUCUUAUCCAAAGCAUUUGCAAGGAAAGCGAUACGAAUUUUUCGCCGGUUGCCACGAUCGAGCAUACGUAGGAAUAAGGUGCACGCUGAACAGGCCGAAGAAUCCGUGUAAUUUGCCAUCUAGAUGAACGAAUUCGAAAACUAAAAUCCGGGUCAGUAAGAGAGAUACUGGUGAUAAGUUGAUAAAAAUAUUCAAAAUAAUAAAACGGGAAUACGAGAUGUUUUUCGAUAACGUUUCAUAAGCCAAUAUCAAGAGUCAGAGUUUUGUUAUGGUUUUAUUGUGGUUAUUGAAAUAAACAUUGCUUUUUCAAUGAUGUUA